GUUGUCUCAAACAGCCCGUAGUGUGGAAGGGCCCCUAGCGCCAGACAUUAGUAGUGGCCUGGCUGAUUACUCCCACUAUCGGAUCUACAUCUUGAACAACGCAAACUGGAUCACGGUCAGGCGCGUGAAGAGGCGGCCGCAGCUCCCGGACUCCUCUCCGCCAGCACCCAAACAUUACCAGAGCGGUUCUGCUCACAGCUGGGCUCGCCGUCUGCGUUCCGCCGUCUCCACUGCAGGGCCUCUUCAGUUUUACUCGGGGGGGAAAAGUGGGUGUUUGCUGCUCACUGGUGUUUCGGCAGCGGCGGAGCGAAGUGUCCUCGAUGGCAGGCUGGAAGGACGGCUCGGUGCAGGAGAAGUAUCGGCUGGUUGUGGUCGGAGGCGGAGGUGUCGGGAAAUCGGCCUUGACUAUCCAGUUUAUUCAGUCUUACUUUGUCACCGAUUAUGACCCAACAAUUGAAGACUCUUAUACUAAGCAGUGCGUGAUCGACGAACGGGCGGCGCGGCUCGACAUCCUCGACACGGCUGGACAGGAAGAGUUUGGAGCCAUGCGAGAACAAUACAUGAGGACAGGGGAGGGCUUCCUGCUCGUCUUCUCAGUGACCGACAGAGGAAGCUUUGAAGAGAUCUACAAAUUUCAAAGACAAAUCCUCCGAGUCAAAGACAGAGACGAGUUCCCCAUGAUCCUUGUAGGAAACAAAGCCGAUUUGGAGAUACAAAGACAAGUCAACCAGGAAGAGGGUCAGAAUUUGGCGAGACAGUUAAAAGUCACGUAUAUGGAGGCUUCAGCCAAAAUCCGAAUGAACGUAGACCAGGCUUUCCAUGAACUGGUUAGAGUAAUCAGGAAAUUCCAAGAACAGGAUUGUCCACCCUCGCCAGAACCAACGAGAAAAGAGAAAAACAAGCGGGGCUGCCAUUGUGUGAUUGUCUGAAUCUGCCUUAUUACUGUAGAAAUCAUGCAGCUUCUCAACCCCCCCCCCCCAACUCUGCCUGACAUCAGAUCCUAAGUGGAUGACUGACCGCUGCCUUCUCCACGUGCAUGACUCCAGACAGCCUUUUCUGAGAUACUUUGACCAGAAACUGCUGUUUCCAGGACAUUGCUAUGGACAACUGACAAUGCCAAAUUGUAACACCACUCUACCUUCAGUUGUAAGCUAAUUUACAGGCGAGAGUCCUGACACUAAACAUUGCCUUCUUAAAAAAAUCAACCUGAAAAAUUCACGUUUUGUGUUCUGAAGGACCUUGGUUUUGCCUUGUAGUGAAAUUUACUGCUACCAAGAUUGAAUGAUCUAUAUAUUCCGAAUGUUGGUGACUUCCUUUAGUGUCUGACCAGAGCAGAGAUUAUCUUCUGAAGCUUUGCAUAUGUCGUGCCAUAUUCACUUUUAUUCCGAUGUGCUAAUCUGCUACUGUACAUAUGUGACAUUUUGUUGUGAUUUUCAAAGUGUAUUUCUAAUGACCUAUUAAAUCACCACAGUGCAGUGUGUGAGGUUGAGUUUGGCUUUACAUAAAUAAAAUUAAAUAUUUAUGUAGAUACAUGUGUAUAUAAAUAUAUCAAAAUGAUGCCUGAACAUCCCUUAAUAUUCUACAAAAAAAACUAAGUUUUAGCAGCUUUUGCCAUCAUUUAAAUCACCAAGCAUGGAGUAUUUGCAGUACUGAUUUGCCUUGUAGUCUCAGUAUUUUUUAGAUAAGUGCUAUAGAUUGAAUGAUUGUCAUUCUGUGCUAUCUUCCUAAAGUGCAGAAAAUAUCAAGUUUAUCUGGAGUUUUUCCAUUGAAGGUUCAAUCCAACUUUGUGUGUUUUUGGAACCACAAAAAAAGUGAUUCUUAACAUUCAGUUUCUCACAAAUGCUGCUGGUAAGUCAAUUAGUUGUAAAUGAAGAGCCCACUCUCGCUGGGAUUAUACCAUUGGAACCAACCCGUUUGCUCAAAUUUACCCCUGAUAUAGUAGAUGAGAAACUGAUUCCGGUAAGAACGGCAGUGGUUUUUCUUUUCUUGAACUGUUUAGCUGUGUUUUUUUUUCUGUCCCCAAUCGUCUCCUGGUGGAAGAAACGGCACACGAGAGUACUGAGAUGCACAAAGUUAGCCCGUUUCUGGUGAACUCGGCGGACCCGCCACCUGUGGAGCUGUCCUAACUGCAGACGCAAAAACAACCUUCUUCUGACCUUUCACCCUUUGUACUUCCAUUUAGGUCUUCAAAUGAAGUACUUGAGUUUGAUCCUUGUAAUAUACGUGAGCGAACAAGUUGAUAAAUAACGGACUUUAUUCAAAUGUUUCUACUUUUGUACAUUAUUUUCAUAUCAAACUAGUUGGCAAGUAUUUUUCUAUGUUUAUAAGUGAGUAGAUGUUCACUGCACUGCUGGGUGUGUACAUAUAUAUAUAUAAAUAUUAAGAAGAAUAUUUAAUUCCUUUGAGUAUUUUAAGAUGACUGUUGGCCCAACUUUGCUCAAUUAGAACCUUUACCCUGAAGUGACCAAGAAUGUUUAUUUUUUAUUUGUUCAUCUUACAGUUGGAGAAUGUAUUGAACCCGAGGUUGCUUGAUCGACUAUAACGUUUAUACAAAUGAUUGUUGUCUCCGCAUGGAGGGAAUUAACAAAAUGGAUUAUUGUAAUCGGGACAUUCAAAACACUCCCAUCCGAUCCCUUUGUGGGAAUCAUGUACAUCCACAUCACGAUGUCUUUUUCUUCUACAUUGGUCUAUAAUUUGCCUUGUGUCUAGCUUUUGGUGCUAAAAUAAAAUCUGUCAUUGAGCCCAAUAGGGUUAAAAC